AGGUGUAAUUUUCAUCUACUAUUUUUACUGGUGAGAACAUAGGUCAAAUCAAAUUUACGUCUCUAAUCUUGACAUCGUUUAUCCCUUAGAUUUUCCUGGAGAUCGUCAGUUUCUGUUGAGUGCAAUACCUGAUCAUCACUGGUAGGCAAGAAGCUUCGGGCAAGUUGUCGUGGUACGAGGCAUUCAGUAAAGAACCUUUGUAGAUACAGGCAACUCUUUUGUUCUGAGAUUACCAAUUGGAGGAAUCGUCAGUUGCCAUAUUACUCACUGCCCAGGGCUACAAAUAUUGGCCGGAGGUUAAUUUGCUCAGUGGCAACAGAACCAGUACCAAAGCAAGUUGAAGAAUCUAUUAUGGAUACACCAAAAGAAAUCUUUCUGAAGGAUUACAAGCAGCCUGAUUACUUAUUUGAGACAGUCCAUUUGAAGUUUACACUGGGUGAGGAAAAAACAAUCGUUUCUUCAAAAAUUGUUGUCUACCCCGGACUUGAAGGCUCCUCUUCACCUCUGGUCUUGGAUGGGGUUGAUCUGAAACUGAUUUCAUUAAAGGUUGAUGGCAAGGAACCAAAGGAGGAUGAUUUUUGUGUAGACUCACGCCACCUUACUCUUUAUUCGCCUCCUAGUGGUAAAUUUACUUUGGAUAUUGUCACUGAGAUCUACCCACAGAAGAACACGUCUUUGGAGGGCCUCUACAAAUCAUCAGGGAACUUCUGCACACAAUGUGAAGCAGAGGGUUUUCGGAAAAUUACAUUCUAUCAGGAUCGUCCUGAUAUCAUGGCAAAGUACACUUGUCAUAUUGAAGCUGACAAGUCACUGUACCCUGUGCUGUUGUCUAAUGGAAAUCUUAUAGAGCAAGGAGAAAUGGAGGGCAACAAGCAUUAUGCCAUAUGGGAGGAUCCUUUUGUGAAACCAAGCUAUCUUUUUGCAUUAGUUGCUGGACAGUUGGAGAGCAGGGAUGAUACUUUUAUAACUCGUUCAGGCCGAAAGGUCUCUCUUAGAAUCUGGACCCCGGCCCAAGAUCUGCCUAAGACAGUCCAUGCCAUGUAUUCUUUAAAAGCUGCUAUGAAAUGGGAUGAAGAUGUUUUCGGGCUUGAAUAUGACCUGGAUCUCUUUAAUAUUGUAGCUGUUCCAGAUUUUAACAUGGGUGCCAUGGAAAAUAAGAGUUUGAAUAUUUUUAAUUCCAAACUUGUCUUGGCAUCUCCUGAAACUGCAACUGAUGCAGAUUAUGCUGCAAUUUUGGGUGUGAUUGGGCAUGAGUAUUUUCACAACUGGACAGGAAAUAGAGUCACAUGCCGAGAUUGGUUCCAGCUUAGCUUAAAGGAAGGUCUCACAGUUUUCCGGGAUCAGGAAUUUUCAUCUGAUAUGGGAAGCCGUACUGUGAAAAGGAUAGCUGAUGUUUCAACACUUCGAACUUAUCAGUUUCCUCAGGAUGCUGGUCCGAUGGCUCACCCUGUCCGACCCCACUCUUACAUUAAGAUGGAUAACUUCUACACAGUAACGGUGUAUGAAAAGGGAGCUGAAGUGGUGAGAAUGUACAAAACUUUGCUGGGUGCCUCAGGAUUUAGGAAGGGCAUGGAUCUAUAUUUUGAAAGGCACGAUGGGCAAGCUGUGACCUGCGAAGACUUUUUCGCUGCCAUGAGAGAUGCAAAUGGUGCCGAUAUGUCCAACUUCUUGUUAUGGUACUCACAAGCUGGGACACCUCGUCUGAAUGUUGUUUCUGCCUAUGAUGCUCAAGCCAAGACAUUUUCUCUCAAGUUUAGUCAAGAGGUACCCCCCAGCCCAGGACAGCUGGUCAAAGAGCCCAUGUUCAUUCCUGUAGCUUUGGGCCUGCUUGGCUCCAACGGUAAGGACAUGCCUCUAUCCUCAGUUUACCACGAUGGAAAAUUGGAGAGUAUUGCAAUCAAUGGUCAGCCUGUGCACACAACAGUUCUCAGAGUAACAAAGAAAGAAGAAGAAUUUGUGUUCACCGACAUCCCAGAACGCCCAGUACCAUCCAUACUAAGGGGUUACAGUGCUCCUGUUCGGAUGGAUUCUGAUCUCACUGAUGCCGAUCUAUAUUUCCUCCUUGCUAAUGAUUCUGAUGAGUUCAAUCGUUGGGAGGCUGGGCAGGUGUUGGCAAGAAAACUGAUGCUCAGCUUAGUGGCGGAUUUUCAACAAAACAAGCCGUUGACUCUCAACUCACAGUUCCUUCAUGGAAUCAGAAGCAUACUUUGUGACCUGAGCUUGGAUAAGGAAUUCAUUGGAAAGGCCAUCACGCUGCCUACUGAAGCAGAAAUCAUGGACAUUAUGGAAGUUGCUGACCCUGACGCUGUCCAUGCAGUUAGAACUUUCAUCAGAAAGGAGCUUGCCUCUGGAUUGAAACAAGAAUUACUUGACACAGUGAAAAGCAACAGGAGCUCCGAGGAAUAUGUGUUCAACCAUCUAAAUAUGGCGAGGCGUGCGCUAAAAAAUAUCGCCCUAGCAUAUCUUGGCUCACUUGAUGAUCCAGAGAUUACUGAGCUCGCCUUGCAUGAAUAUAGCACCGCCACAAAUAUGACUGACCAAUUUGCAGCACUGGUGGCUCUUGAUCAGAAACCUGGUAAAACUCGGGAUGACAUUUUGGCCGAUUUCUAUAACAAGUGGCAGCAUGAUUUCUUGGUCGUGAACAAGUGGUUAGCACUACAAGCCAUGGCAGAUAUCCCUGGAAACGUUGAGAAUGUGCGUAAACUCCUUGACCAUCCAGCCUUUGACCUGCGUAAUCCCAACAAGGUUUAUGCACUGGUCGGAGGAUUCUGUAGAUCUCCGGUCAACUUCCAUGCCAAAGAUGGGUCCGGCUACAAGUUCUUGGGCGAAAUGGUGGUGCAGCUUGACAAGCUGAAUCCUCAGGUGGCUUCACGCAUGGUAUCCUCCUUCUCUAGGUGGAAACGCUACGAUGAAACCCGACAAAAUCUUGCAAAGGCUCAGCUGGAAAUGAUACUGGCUGCAAACGGGCUCUCAGAAAAUGUGUUUGAGAUCGCAUCAAAGAGUCUUUCUGCUUGAGUUUGUUCUUAGUUUAUCAGGAAAACGUAGAAGAAGAAACUGCUAUAUUCCUCCAGGAAAAAUGUGGUUUCCGGGAAGAACAUGCUUUACUGCUUAUAUAUAUGUUCGUAUAGUUGCUCAGGAAAACGUCCAAACUCCCAUAUUGCUCCAGGAAAAAAACGUGUUAUCUGCAAAGAACACGUUUUUACUGCAUAUACAUAUAUAUGUUAUAGUGCUGCAUCUGCAAUUGUGGCUGAAUUCAGAUUUCAUAUAGACUAUUUAUGCUGUUAAUGAAGUCCAUCAACGAUCCAACCUCU